AUGCUGAAGUCUGAGGAGGACAUUUUGGCGACUCGCACUGGAGCUGACACUUCCAAACACUCCAACAACCAAAAACUAAAUCUGCCAAUUAGGAAACUGUCUCAUUCCAUAGAGGAAAUACUGAAAAAACCCACAUGUUAUAGAGAAAACCGGACAAGUGAUUCUAGCAAAUUAGAAAUAUUAGCAAACGAAUAUCACUCGACAGACAUGGCUUUGCUGGACACUUCGAGAACAAUGAAAACGUGUGCAGGGCUCUCAGGUCAGAGAAAGAGCAGACAGACGAGGAUCACGUUUAGCCCCUUCCAGCUUCUGCAUCUGGAGAGGGUUUUCCAGAUGACUCCGUAUCCAGAUGUGAGCACUCGAGAGCAGCUCGCCUCCCGCCUGCACCUCACAGACACACGCAUUCAGAUUUGGUUUCAGAACAGAAGAGCCAAGUGGAGAAAAGUGGAAACGCAAAAAGAUGUAAAACUGGUGGCAACAUUGUCCGCUUAUGAGUCGCUUUAUUACCAGAAGCAGCGUUGGAGCUGGACUCUCCCACUCUCCACCGUCCACCCGCACCACAAACCUCUCCUCCGUGCGCGACACCUGACCGCCACAAGCACGAGAGGGGCGAUGGCCGCGGAUGGAGGAUGCGGGGAAAAGGCAGAGGAGUACCGGGAGGAGGUGGAGCGGCUCACGCAGGAGCUGGCCGAGGCGAACCGGGAGAAGAUCAGGGCGGCGGAGUGCGGGCUGGUGGUGCUGGAGGAGAACCAGGCGCUCAAACUCAAGUACGCCGAUCUGGAGAGCGAGCAGGACGCGCUGAGGAAGGAGUUGGAACAGUUGCAGGAGGCGUUCGGACUGGCUUACACAAACCAGCGUAAAGUGGCAGAGGACGGAGAGACCAACGAGGAGACGCUGCUGCUGGAGUCUGCGUCCAAAGAGGCGUAUUACAUGAGCCGCCUGCUGGAGCUGCAGACGGAGCUGACCCUGAGCCGAUCUGUGGCCUCUAACGCUCAGGGAGAGACCGAGAGGCUCAACGGACUAGCACAGGAGCUACGAGAGGCCAAUGAAAUGCUGGAGAUACAGAGAAGCCGAACGAGGGAAGAAAUCAAAGAGUAUAAGUUCCGAGAGACACGACUGCUGCAGGACUACACUGAGCUGGAGGAGGAGAACAUCACGCUCCAGAAAUUGGUGUCAACGCUCAAACAGAGUCAGGUGGAGUAUGAAGGGUUAAAACAUGAAAUCAAAGUUCUGGAGGAGGAGACGGUUCUUCUGAACUGUCAGUUGGAAGAUGCUCUUCGUCUGAAGGACAUUUCUCAGAGUCAGUUAGAGGAGGCGCUGGACGCCUUAAAGAACGAGAGGGAGCAGAAGAACAACCUGCGCAAAGAGCUGUCCCACCACCUGAGUCUGAGUGACAGUGUGUAUGGGGCAGGGGCUCAUCUGGCCCUCACAGUGACCGGUGUCGAAGGCCUCAAGUUCAACGAUGAAACCAAAGGCAGCAGCAGCAAUCAGGCUUCCAGCGCCAACGCCAACAACGAGGACUGCAACCGGCGCAACGGGCACCUCCACACUUGCACGGGUUUGGCCAAAAUAAAUGGAGAGUACAGACCCGGGCGAAAGGGGGACAACCUGCACCCAGUCCCUGACCUGUUCAGUGAACUCAACAUGUCUGAGAUUCAGAAGCUCAAGCAGCAGCUCCUGCAGGUGGAACGGGAGAAAGCUGCUCUUCUGCGCACGCUUCAAGAGUCGCAGGUGCAGCUGGAGCACACGCAGGGCGCUUUGAGUGAGCAGAAUGAGAGGGUGCACCGCCUCACAGAGCAUGUCAACACCAUUAACCAGUGCAAUGGGGACAAAGAGCUGGCUGACCCUCAGGAGAGUGAGAAACCUGACGGGGGCCUGGCAUCUCCACCCACCAACAGCCAUGAUGUCGAUAUUCACGGUUUGGAGCUGCUUGAAUGUAAAUAUAAAGUAGCAGUGACAGAGGUCAUUGACCUAAAGGCUGAGCUCAAGGCGCUAAAGGAGAAGUACAACCAGGCAGUGGAGGGCCUCGUGGAGAGCCCUCCGGACGACAGGGUCCAGGCUCUCUCUGAACAGGUCUCUAGUUUGGAGCGCACAUGUCACGAGGCCAGGGACAGGGUUUCUACACUGGAAGCGGAGCUCCGAGCAGCUUCAGUCGCCACCUCAGAGGGCCAGAGUGUGCUGAACACAGCACAGGACGAGUUAGUUACAUUCAGUGAGGAGCUGGCUCAGCUCUAUCACCACGUUUGUCUGUGCAACAACGAGACUCCAAACCGCGUCAUGUUGGACUACUACAGGCAGAGCCGUGUCACUCGAGGUGGCAGUCUCAAAGGCUCAGACGACCCUCGGGCAUUACUCUCCCCUCGUCUGGCCCGACGCUUGGCUGCCAUCUCAGCCGCAUGCUCCUCUGAUCCUCCACGCAGCCCCAUGGAUUCCCCGUCCAAAGACAGCAGCCACAGUGAGUCCACCUCAGGGGUGCACUCUCCUGCAUACCACGGCAGUCCAACCCGCACAGCCAACAGCCUGUCCCCGUGUCCAUCACUUGUACCCUCAGAGGCAGGAGACCUGCGUAAAGAGCCCAUGAAUAUUUACAACCUCAACGCCAUCAUCAGAGAUCAAAUUAAACACCUUCAGAGGGCCGUGGACCGCUCCCUGCAGCUGUCCCGGCAGAGGGCUGCUGCCAGGGAGCUGGCCCCUAUUCUGGACAAGGACAAAGAGUCCUGCCUGGAGGAGAUACUCAAACUGAAGUCUCUGCUCAGUACCAAGAGGGAGCAAAUAGCUACGCUGAGGCUGGUGCUAAAGGCCAAUAAACAGACUGCAGAAGGUGCUCUGGCCAAUUUGAAGAGCAAAUAUGAGAAUGAAAAGACAAUGGUUACAGAGACCAUGAUGAAGUUGAGGAACGAGCUGAAGGCUUUGAAAGAAGACGCUGCAACUUUCUCAUCUCUGAGAGCUAUGUUUGCUACAAGAUGUGAUGAGUAUGUUACCCAGUUAGAUGAGAUGCAGAGGCAGCUGGCAGCUGCUGAGGACGAGAAAAAGACAUUGAACUCUCUCCUGCGAAUGGCAAUCCAGCAGAAACUGGCUCUAACCCAACGUCUAGAAGAUCUAGAGUUUGACCACGAGCAGACACACCGUGGACGCGGGGCUAAAGUGCCCAAGAUUAGAAGCAGUCCUCCUAAACGCCCUCAAUCUUCCUACCUCUUUAGAGCCAGCAUGGCCCAACAGGCCGGCGUGGACCUCAAACCCUCUUUAUCAGACCUCAGGCAGCCUGCUGCCUCAAUAUCGCCACUCUCCCAAGCACUAAGGCGAGAGAGGCCCUCUCUUGCCCGCAGUCGUAGAUCUGCAGCAGAGAAGCAGCUCCUGGGACCUGACGUGUCCAGAGACAGCAGCUCCUGCCCCGCCUUUGUGACCGCGGCCACAGAAGAGGAGCAGGACCAUCAUCGCUGA